AUGGCGUUUCUGAGGAGCGUGCCGCGGCGAUGUUGCGCCGGCAAAAAGAUGGUCAAGUGCGGCGCUUCGCCGUUGGCUGUGAUCAGCUUCCUGGAGAACGCCGCGGUGACGACGGCGGCGGCGACGGUAACAACAACGGCAGCGGUUACUAGGACACCACCGUCAUUGCGGUUGGUUGCACAGGUGCGUGGUUAUGCCACCUCCCCCUCCUCUUCCUCCACCGCCGCCGCCGCCGCCUCCACUGACGUCAAGAAGCAACGACAGCAGCAACAAUCGGCGGUACCUCGGCAGAUCGACCCGCUCGAUUUGAAGUUUAACGACCCCAUCGCCGCUUUUAAAAGCAAGACGACUAUGGAGUUGAUGCGUGCCUAUUUUGUCUAUCAGAUGUGCAGCAUCGAAUACGUCGUGGAGAAUAAUAUGAAGGUCAUGAAAAUGGCGAAGUCAGUGCUGGGUGAAAAGUUGUUCACAAAGCUCAUGAAGGCCACGUUUUACGGUCACUUCGUCGCUGGCGAAGAUGAGGUGCAGAUUACACCUGUCUUAGAUAGGCUGCGGCAAUUUGGCGUCAAACCAAUCCUUGAUUAUUCCGUCGAGGAAGACAUCUCGCAGGAGGAGGCCGAGAGGCGUGAAGUCCAAGCCUCGGUGUCGGAAGCGGGCGAUGAAAAGAGGGAGGGCCCGCUAAAGAAGUAUCACGUGGAGAAAUCGUUCGCCGAUCGACGAUACAAAGUGUCGUCGGCCAGGACAUAUUUUUAUCUGAAUGAAGCUUCGUGUGAGCGAAACAUGGACAUAUUUAUCAGGUGUCUGGAGGCUGUGGCGAAAGAUGAAAUUCGAACUUUGCGACUGAAAUAUCCCUCCCAGAAUAUUACCACCAAUAUCCAAGUUGAUCACCAUCCUGGUGCUUCUAUGGGAAUGGGCAUCACAGCUGUCAAAUUAACGGCGCUUGGUCGACCGCAGCUUCUGCUACAAUUGUCUGAGGUAAUUAUGCGUGCACGACAGUAUACAUCGGAUGUUAUCGGUGGCGAGGGUGCCGUUCUGGCUCAUCAUGCAAAGCUUGAUGAUUUUAAGAAAAAGUUCGAGGAGGCACACAUCAAAGAUACAGAGGUGCAAAAGUUCCUUCAAAAAAUUCAAUCGGAUAAGGAAGGUGUGAUUCACCUCUUCCCGUGGAGCGGUAUUCUAGACGAAAAUUAUGAACUGAGCGAAACGUUCCAAGUACCUGAUAUUAAGACGGGCAAAAUGGUUAGGCUAAUGUCGCAACUCACGUCCAAGGAAGAAGAAAUGUUUAGGAACAUGAUCAGGCGUCUAAACAGUAUCGUCACGGUAGCUGACAAUCUGGAUGUUCGUAUCAUGAUAGAUGCGGAGCAGACGUAUUUCCAACCGGCCAUUUCUCGCCUGACGUUAGAGAUGAUGCGCAAAUACAAUACGAAAAAGGCUGUGGUAUUCAACACUUACCAGACGUAUCUACAAGACGCGUAUAAUGAGGUGAAAACGGAUCUCGAACAGGCAGAACGUCAAAACUUUUAUUUCGGUGCUAAACUUGUACGCGGCGCGUACAUUGAACAGGAACGGGCAAGAGCAGCAGCUAUGGGUUAUCCAGACCCCACUAACCCAACGUUUGAGGCGACGACCGAGUCCUACCAUAAGACGCUCAUGGAAUGCUUGAGGCGGAUGAAACAGUAUAAGGACAAGGGAGAAGAUCCCAAGAAAAUCGGUAUUAUGGUCGCCUCGCACAACGAAGACACUGUGCGUUUCGCGAUCGAGAAGAUGAAAGAAAUCGGAAUUUCGCCAGAGGAUAAAGUCAUAUGUUUUGGUCAAUUACUAGGAAUGUGCGAUUACAUAACAUUUCCAUUAGGUCAAUCCGGUUAUUCUGCAUAUAAAUACAUCCCGUACGGACCGGUUAAGGAAGUAUUGCCGUACUUGUCACGACGCGCACAAGAGAACAGGGGCAUACUGAAGAAGAUCAAAAAGGAGAAACGCUUGCUACUGAAUGAAAUCACGAGACGUAUAGUGCGCGGCAAGCUCUUUUACAAACCCAAGGGCAAUUAUACUCCAGUUUGAGCAGUCGAUCCGUUUAGUUGCACACAAACAGAAUUUUAAGUAUCAAAUUUAAGUAGUGGUUGUAAAUUAUCGAGGACUCUCCUGAAAGAGCUUGAGGCGAACUCUUUUGAUUGAAGUAACUUGACGGACCUGUUACUGUGGUACUCGGAAGAAAGAGAGGGGGGGGGGAGGGAUAGGGGCGUCGUGUACGCAUCCACGUGCAUGAAUGUGAAUGCAAGACUUGAGAAUAUACGCAGUGUUAUCUGUUACGUAAAAAUCGCCUUAGUGUUGUAUUAUCGAAUGUACUGAUGCUCAAAACUGCUUAUAAGUAAAGCUAUAGUAUGUACUCGUUUUUUCAUCGUUAUUAAACAGGAUGCCAGUGAUAGUGCUAUAAUUUAGUUUCGAGAACAUGUUUUCAAAAAGAUUGAGCAAAGAGAAUCCAAAACUAAUCAACUCUUUCCAAAAAAUGGCUUUAGUGUAUAAAAUAACGAUGAUUUCUUUAACGAUAGUUUGUAUAUUUUUUGUGCACAGUAUUAAGAAAUCAACCGUAUCAGUGGCUUUUUCGCAACAAUGAUGACGAAAAUUGGAAGAAACCUUAUCUUGGUUUUUUAGCAUAUUUGUGUUUCCCAAGUUUUACAAUUUUUUUGAGAAUCUCGUCGAAUAUUUUUCAUGUGUAUAUAAUACACGCGCGUAUCAAUUAUUUAUGAUUCGUGUUCUUCUAAAUGUAUUAUUGUCCAUAGUAUUGGUAAAAAGGAGAGAUAAGAAAAAAAAUGCAUUGCACAUAAAUCCGGAUGUAAUUGUAUAAUUUGCUACCAUCUUGAUGAUUAACGCUCACGGUGAACAUGGUAGAACAUGUUUAGAACAUUCGCGAUAUAUGUAGUUAUUAAGAAGGAACAGAUAGUAAUUAUAUCGCGUGCGCUUCCAUUAAAAGCGUAUAACAUUGCCGAUGAGCAUUUUAAUAUAGUCCGCGGAAUAAUAGUGAAAUGGUUCAUGUCUGAAAAAGAGAAAAGAUAAAUAUCACACAAAAAUGGCUUUUUUCUUCUUUAUUUGUGUUUAAAAAUAACACGCGUGUUAUAUAUACGAAAAGAUAGUUUUCUUAGAAAUGCGACGAGAUAACAGGGUGAAAGUAUAAUAAGAUUCAGAAGCAUCUUAGCUAGAGACAUGCGGAUUUUCGAUUGUUGGAUAGUAUGAAAAGGAAGAGAAGGAAAGAAAGGGAAACAGAGUUCUUCGUAGUGCACGCGUAUCAAGUCGCGAUAUAAAAGUGAUUUUGGGCUGACAAGAGACGAUAAUGAAAGCCGGAGAGAUCUGCGAGAAACACGAUAUUUCUUUUGUGAUACGUUAAUAGUUGUAGUUAAGCCACAUAUAUAUGUACAAGAGAUAUUAGUCCCACUUUGCUUCAGCCUAAAAUUGCUUCUCGCGUUACACAGAA